AGGAAGCGGAUCCACCAUAAAUACUCGAGUCGAGCCCCCCCUUCCUUCCUGGUGGUUCAGCGACGUGUCCCAGCCUCCCGCCGCCGCUUUACCGGAGCUCCUUCCGCCUCCUCUUCUUCCUCCUCCGAACCGGGACCGCAGAGCCGCCGUCAUGUUGCCCAGGAAGCGAGCGCUCACCGGGGAUAAUAACGGAGCGGCGUCCGCCAGCAAGCAGCAGCGGCCCGGCGGGAAGCGGCACGUCGCGGCGCUGAUCCUGGCCCGGGGCGGAAGUAAGGGGAUCCCGCUGAAGAACAUCAAGAUGCUGGCCGGAGUGCCGCUGCUGGGCUGGGUGCUGAGAGCCGCCGUGGACUCCGACGUCUUCGACAGUGUGUGGGUGUCGACGGACCAUGACGAGAUCGAGAAGGUGGCCAAGUCCUGGGGUGCCCAGGUGCACCGGAGGAGUCCCGAGGUCUCCAGAGACUCCUCGUCCUCGCUGGAGACCAUCUUGGAGUUCGUCCGGCUCAACCCGGAGGUGGACGUGAUCUGCCACAUCCAGGCCACGUCGCCCUGCCUCCACCCGUUCCACGUGAAGGAGGCCGUGGCGAUGAUCACGGAGCAGGGCUACGACUCGGUCUUCGCCGUGGUCCGGAGGCACCAGUUCCGCUGGAAGGAGGUCAAGAAAGACUCCGGCGAGCUCACCGUGCCGUUCAACAUUGACCCCCUUUACCGGCCACGGCGCCAGGACUGGGAUGGCGAGCUGUGCGAGAACGGCUCCUUCUACUUCGGCACCAAGGAGAUCCUCCAGAAGUCCGGAUGCCUGCAGGCAGGGAAGAUCGCAUACUAUGAGAUGCUGCCGGAGUACAGCGUGGACAUCGACGUGGACAUCGACUGGCCCGUGGCGGAGCAGCGAGUGCUCAGAUAUGGUUACUUUGGUCGAAACACUCCGGAGGUGGCGUGCAUGACGAUCAUCCAGGUGUCCGGAUGCUUGACGGACGGCAGGGUCUACCUGUCCACCGCCGGAGAGGAGAUGGUGACCCUGAACACCAAAGACACCACGGCCAUCCGCAAGCUGCAGGCGGAGGGCGUGGAGGUGGUGCUGCUCACUUCCGCCGAGGACCCCGUGAGCCAGGCGCUGGCCGACAGGCUGGCCAAGAGGACGGGCUGCCAGGUGGUGCAGGUGGGGAACCAGCCGCUGGACGACCUGGAGCCCAUCGUCAAGCAGAAGAAGCUGGAGUGGAAGGACGUGGCGUAUAUGGGGAACGAAGACGUGGACACCAAAUGCCUGAACCUGGCGGGCCUGAGCGCCGUGCCCAAGGACGCCCCGGUGGAGGCCAUCAACGCCGCCAAGUACACCUGCCACAGCCGCGGCGGCCUGGGCGCCGUGCGCGAGUUCGCCGACCACAUCCUGCUGCAGAAGCAGAAGGCCAAGUCCCAGAUGGCCCAGGACCGCAUCGACCGCCACAACUUCUAACCGCUGCGGCUCUCUGGAAAAUGCUGGAAUCACAGAUUAAACCUCAGAUUGUGUCGUGACCACGAAGGAAGAGAUUCCUCCACAUUCAGCCUGUUCUCGAUAUUAAAAUCAUCGAUAGGCUCUGAAGUCGCUCUAAAAACCACACAUCUUUCAAGAAGAUUUUUCAAAAUAGUCUGUUUUUCAUGUUCAGAAUCUUUUUACCAAAAUCUUUACUACUCGUACAAAUCCCUACUAAGUUUCUGAAAAGCUAGUUUAGUGGAUAAAUGUAAGUUUUACAAAAUGUAUGAUUUAAAAUCGAAAAAAAAAAACCACUCUAGGUGUGUCAUUGUUUUAUUUGUUAAAAAUACAUUGUGAUGAAUAUGUACUAUAUAUGUUUUUAAUCAUUUGGAAAUAUUUUUUGACAUUUUGACCAAAAAAAAAUGUAGCUUCAAGGUGAAACUAGCCAUGACUGCAAGACCGAAAUUCAUCAAUUUUGUUGAUUUAAAGACACGAUUCAACAUUUUUAUUUUAAAUCUGAACGAUGAAACAGACUCCAAUCAGCUUUUCUCCUGUUCUUUCAUUUAUUGUACCAAUCAAUGCUCUUUCUGUUCCAAUAACUUUUUUUUUUUUAAUUUGAUUUUAAAGGAAUAAUUGAGCUUUUCGUUUGACUUUCAGAAAGGUUUUUAGACAUUUAGAGUCUUCAGAGACGUUUCGUUCCUCGUUUCUUUCUUCUGAACCAGCAAAAUGAAUCCCGGGUUGAUUCGAGGAGGAUUUAUCAGCUGUGGUUUGGUUAUUCUGACACCAUGAAGGACCCGGUUUGCACUGAUGAAGUCACUGUAACAAAACCUUCUAUUAAUUUAAAUUAAACAUGAAGUGUUUCCUGCUCAUUUA